UACGUGUAUUUUUCCGGUCCUUGUCCCUUGCAUACUUUUCUCAGCUUGACUUGGACGGCGAAGAAUCGCGCACGGUUUUACGAAAGUGGCGAUAUAAAAUUAAAAAUGUUGGGAUCACUCAAAAUUGUAUUAUUAUUAGGUGUAAUUUAUUUAUGUAAAGCAGCCGAAGAAGAUGUAUUGGACCUUACAGAUUCUGACUUCUCGACUGUGUUAGGCCAACAUGAUACAGCUCUAGUCAUGUUUUACGCACCAUGGUGCGGUCAUUGUAAGAGACUGAAGCCUGAGUACGCGGUUGCGGCCGGCGUGUUGAAGAACGAUGACCCUCCUGUCGCGCUGGCGAAGGUGGACUGUACCGAGGGUGGCAAGAGCACGUGCGAGCAGUUCUCAGUGUCGGGAUACCCCACACUCAAGAUCUUUAGGAAUGGAGAGGUCUCGCAAGAGUACAAUGGCCCCAGGGAAUCAAAUGGCAUUGUUAAGUACAUGCGUGCCCAAGUUGGCCCAAGCUCCAAGGAGCUCAAGACUGUUGCUGACUAUGAAGCCUUCCUGAACAAAGAUGAGGUGGUUGUUGUUGGAUUCUUUGAGAAGGAGACAGACCUCAAAGGUGACUUCCUCAAGGCUGCUGACAAGAUGCGUGAAGAGGUUGUAUUUGGUCAUGCUACAUCUGAAGAAGUUCUUGAGAAGGCUGGAUUCAAGAACGACGUCGUAUUGUUCCGUCCCAAACGCCUCCAGAACAAGUUUGAAGACUCGUCCGUCGUGUACAAGGGAGACGUCGAGAAGUACUCGCUCAAAGCCUUCAUCAAGGACAACUACCACGGUUUGGUCGGAAUCCGUCAGAAGGACAACAUCCGUGACUUCACUGACCCCCUAGUCGUCGCCUACUACGAUGUGGACUACGUCAAGAACGCCAAGGGCACCAACUACUGGAGGAACCGCGUGCUUAAGGUUGCCAAGGAGCUCUCUGAGGUUACAUUCGCAGUGAGCGACAAGGACGACUUCACUCAUGAGUUGAACGAGUACGGCAUCGACUACGCCAAGGGUGACAAGCCCGUCGUCGCCGGAAGGGACGCUGACGGCAACAAGUUCGUCAUGUCAACUGAAUUCAGCAUUGACAACCUCGUUGCGUUUACCAAGGACAUGCUCGAUGGCAAACUCGAAGCCUUCAUUAAGUCUGAGGCUAUUCCCUCCUACAACGACGGGCCCGUGAAGGUAGCUGUCGGCAAGAACUUCAAGAAAGUGGUCACCGACAGCCACAGAGAUGCCCUCAUCGAGUUCUACGCCCCGUGGUGCGGACAUUGUCAGAAACUUGCGCCCAUCUGGGAGGAGCUUGGUGACAAGCUGAAGAACGAGAAUGUGGACAUUGUGAAGAUCGACGCUACUGCCAACGACUGGCCUAAGACUCAGUAUGAUGUAUCUGGAUUCCCCACCAUCUACUGGAAGCCCAGUGACAAGUCCCAGAAACCAGUUAGAUACAACGGUGGACGUGCCCUCGAAGACUUCGUGAAGUACGUCGCUGAGCAUGCCACUGACGAGCUUAAGGGCUGGGACAGGAACGGCAAGCCUAAGAAGGAGGAGCUCUAAACAUGUUGUGAUGUUAAACUUUCCAUGAAAGAUCUGUGUGUGAAUGGAGGGCGUGCGUGUGUGCGUGACCGUUACUAUAGAACCACUGACACGUCGACUUAAUUAUCAUAAAACUGUUCAGUUGUCGUACAGUCGGGUUGGACGUGUUGGUUUUAUAAAUCUAUUUUAGAUUGAUCUAAAUACAGUAAUUUUGAAUGCAUUUCUUUAUAUAGUGUCGGUGGAAUAACAAAUAAAUUAGGUUGUAUUUAUAA